AUGGAGAUGAUGCACCAAAAAACUAUCAGCGAAUGUUCUUCUCCAUCGAAUCGACCGAUACCGCAACGUCAAAAGAUUGACGAACCAUUUCUCUUUCAUAUUUCUAAUCUCCCUCAAACUCGAGAACGAUCAAUGACACAGUUAAAUGGUAAAUUCGUACAUUCGCAAGUCUUGAUGUAUCGUCUUCUCGAAAUCCCUUCAAGCGCAAAUGACACAAAUAAAUUGAUUACUGUUAUCAAACAGAUUCCAGGACAUUCAUCUGACUCUACAACCAAUCAGUUCAAUGAAUUCGAACAGAAUUAUACAAAAGCGAACGCCAUUCAAUGGUAUACCAAAGAAACACCUUUAUAUUCAUAUUUGAACGAAGCACUUCGUACACAAAAUAUUGAUUUGAUCUUUUCGUAUGGAUUCUUUAUUCAAGACAUUCAAGAGCAACUGAAAGAGUAUCAAUAUCAACAUUGUAUUACAGUUCAUCGAGGACAGCUGAUAUCGAACCGUGAACUUCAAAUAUUACGUCAUUCCGAAGGAAAACUCAUCUCCAUCAAUUCUUUUUUCUCGACGAGUAUCGAUCGUGCCGAAGCGAUAUUCCGUUUAUGUUUAGAUACAUCGAUCGAUGUCGAUAAAAAACGAGUAUUAUUUACGAUUGAUCUCAAUCCUGCUGUUGUUACCAAGAAACCUUUCGCGGACGUUUCGUCACUUAGCGAUUUUUCGAAUGAAAAGGAAAUUUUGAUUAUGUUAGGAUCAAUUUUUCGUAUUCAUCGUGUAACACGUGGAACAGAUGAAGAAAAAUGCGUGUAUAUUAUCGAAAUGAAAUUAUCUGGUGAUAAUGAUCACGAUUUGAAGUCUAUCAUUGAAAGUAUUAAAGCAGAUAAUGGAGAAAGAGAUGGCGAAUCAAGUCUUCUUUUGUUUGGACAUGCAUUGCGAGACAUUGGUAAAUUCGAUGAUGCUCAGAAAUAUUAUGAACAAGGUCUUUCACAAUUAACUGUGGAUAAAAAGAAAUUAAUCAGUCGUUACUACCAUGCACUCGGAAAUGCUAUGGAUGACAAAGGUGAUUGUAAUUCAAGUCUGACAUUAUUUCGAAAAGCUCGCCAUAUUUUAAGAUACGUGGACGAUUUCGAUAAGGAACGUCUUGCUCGGAUUAAUAUCAGUUUAGGUGCCACGUAUUCAAACAAGGGUUAUUAUCGACAAGCAAUUAAAUCAAAUGGAAAAGCGUUAUGUCUUUUAAUCCCAAUGCGUGACAAUAACAUGAACGAUCAUCUGAUUGUUAUGUGUUUAUUCAACAUAAGUGAAGCUUUGCUCAAAAUGAAUCAUCCCAGGUCGAGCAUUCCGGCCGCCGGAACCGGCACGGAACCGAGACGGAAAACAUCGGAAAUCGAUACAAUUCUGCAGGUUCCGUCUCGGAAAACAGCUGNAAUUAAAUCAAAUGGAAAAGCGUUAUGUCUUUUAAUCCCAAUGCGUGACAAUAACAUGAACGAUCAUCUGAUUGUUAUGUGUUUAUUCAACAUAAGUGAAGCUUUGCUCAAAAUGAAUCAUGUAUUAGAAUCAAUUGAAUGGUUUAAACUAACAAAAUUCAUUUGCCGAAAGCAAUUAGAUCCUCACCAUUCACUUUUAGGUGCUUGUUAUAAUGAUCUAGGCGAAGCUUAUUUGAAUCUUGACCAUUCACAAAUAGCACGCAAAUAUUUGUAUAAGGCACUAGAAAUAUACAAUCGAUCAGUUGCUGAAGAUCAUUACGAUAUUGCAGUUACAUGGCAAAAUAUUGGCAAAACAUAUGAGAUGGAAGGUCGUCAAGAUAAAGCACUUCUCUUUUAUAAGAAGAGUGGUCGUAUCUUCCGUAAAGUAUUGCUUCCUACACAUCACAACGUGCGAGAAAAUAUAGAAAAUAUACAACGUUUGACAAAUCUCGGAUCAGCGUGA